AUGGUCUGGCCCACAGUCUCCUACAGUCGGCAGCAGCACAGGACACGGUCACACUGUGACAUCUACUCCACUAAAUUCGACGACUCCCCAGACGACUCCCCAGACGACUCCCCAGACGACUCCCCAGACGACUCCCCAGACGACUCCCCAGACGACUCCCCAGACGACUCCCCAGACGACUCCCCAGACGACUCCCCAGACGACUCCCCAGACGACUCCCCAGACGAAAGGCUGGCUGGGGCGGAGGGAGCAGGCGGGGCUGGGGGCGGUGCCCCGGGAGUGCUCCAGGAGCGUGGGAGCCACGUGAGGGAUCGGAGGGACCUGAUUCGGCAGGCGCUGGGGCGGAUCACUCGGACUGGAACGUUGCCCGGUGUCCCCUCCUCCUCCCGGGUAUCCCGAGCAGGGGAGAAGCCUGUCCGCCAGGAUCCCAGGUCCCGGGGAAGCUUCGACGGCUUCCCCCGCCACCUCCGAGCUGGCCACCAAGUGAGCACAGGGACAGGCCCGGCUGCGUGCUCUUCAGAUUAUUCAGAACCAGAUCUGGAAGCCGCUGGCUGCAGCAUACCAGGCCGGAGGCCCUGUCGUCCCGCACCCAUUCCAGAUUGGGGACUCGGUAUACGUCAGGCGCCACCAGUCCAAGACUCUGGAGCCUCGCUGGAAGGGCCCUUACACCGUGCUCCUGACCACCCCCACGGCACUCCAGGUGGACGGAAUCACUGCAUGGGUUCACGCCUCACACGUCAAGAAGGCCGGCACCAUCGGAGAUCAGAAGAGGGACGAGACAGCGAUGGCGACUGCAACACACCCAAAACCCGCUCAAGCUAAGGCUUCCCCGCAAUGCCUAAUUGUUUUGCUUUGCUUACUGUUCCCCCAUUUCCCGGCCCCUAUUGAGGGCAACGCGCAUGCCCCUCAGCAAUUGAUCUGGCAGGUGAUUUCCCAGACAGGCGAGGUUGUCUGGUCCACCUCUGGCCAUCAUCCACCUGGCACCUGGUGGCCUAGCCUCACCCCUGAUUUUUGUCAACUGGCUGCUGGACUGGAAACUUGGGACAUCCCUACUUACAGCGCGGACUCCCUUAAGAAGGAAAUGCCUAGGUCAGACCUAGGGGACGGAUGGUUUUGGGGCUGUAGCAACCCCAGGGCCCGAUGCUACUUGGCUCAAUCAGACUUCUACGUCUGCCCUCAGCAGGGUCAACCCAGGGGGUCGGGAUGCGGGGGAUACCAAGAAUAUUUUUGUAAAAAAUGGGGAUGUGAGACCACUGGGAGUGCCUAUUGGAACCCAGGCUCAUCUUGGGAUCUAAUAACUGUGCACCGAAAUUACACUCGCCCCCCCUUGGGCAGAUCUGACUGCGCCCCUCCUGCUGACUGGGGGACUUGGACCUGUGAGUCGGGCCUUUGCCUCCCCUUGAGAAUUGACUUCACCACCCAAGGGAGGAAAGACUAUGUUGCCUGGUUGAAAGGCAAGACUUGGGGACUGAGAUGGUACUUGCAGGGGCCGGACAAAGGGGUUGUCUUUAAGAUUCGCCUGGAGAUUCGGGACCCUGCUCCACGAGCCAUAGGGCCCAACCCAGUUCUUAGAAACCCAGGGAUGCCUAAACCCCCCACGCCUGGAGCCCCGAUUCCGGUCACUACCCCAGUCCCAAUCGCCAUCAGUCCCCCUCAGGUCACUGCUCCCCAGGGAGAAGGCACCCCCCCCUCAACCGGCCAGCGGGCCUUUGAAUUGAUCCGAGGAGCCUUCUUUGCCCUCAAUCGAACAGACCAUACCGAACAUUGAGGCCCUUUAAGAUUUUAAGAUUAAAAUCUUGCAAAAAGAAAAGGGGGGAAAUGAAAGACUUAAACUAACACAGAAAUGAAAUGGAGCCCAAAUAAGAGAACUCCCCAAAUGGAACGCAGGGCAGUGUGACCCAGAAAGCUGACCAAGGCCACUGUGACUUAGUUCCUGGAGUUUGCUAACCACCCGCAACCUCUCCCUUACAAGGCCCUAAGAUAGCCGGAUACCAAGAAUUUCCAGAUGGUCGCCCAACCCCCCAGGGAACUCAAGGGGGAACACACUGCCCCCCCCCCCGUCAGUGUGUCCGCAGAUGACAAAUACGGACCUUGAGAAACAAAGAGAUAGCUGCAACUCACGUUUGCUUAGGCAAGAUCGAUUAGCACUGCUGACCUAAACUGUGAGGCCAUCUGGCCUUAAAAAGAUAAGGAGCAUGCUAGAGCCCAUGACUCUGGUCAGUACUCAACAGUCAGAGGGUCACGGGCCCUCCCGAAGCUUGUGGGUUUUGCCUUUAAAAAUGCCUGUGCCCGGAGAAUGAGGCUUCUCUCUAGCCUGCGUGCUGAGGGGGCCCGUUUGCGCAAAUGCU